AUGGCAGUUGAUUUUCCCGGUCUGGCGACUUUCAGCAAUCCGCUACUUUGUUCCAACAGCAAGGAGAUGCCAUGUCAGGGACAUGCUGGGCUUGUAUGUGUUGGCUGCCGUAUGGUUCAAUAUUGCUCAAAGGAAUGUCAGAUUGCAGAUUGGUCUCGUCACAAGAAAGCAUGCAAAUCCCCAUUCAUGAAAGACACUUGGGAGCCCGAAUGGUAUCUUAAUAGUCGCCAGCCCGCUUUUAUCAGCGAGGGUCCCUCACACGCUGGGUUCGGCAACAGAAAGUAUCUCUGGGGUAACAUGCCUGCUCUCGAUAUUCUGCAGCUGCAGAGUAAUGAAGGCAAGACCAGUGCAACGAGUCACGACUUCAACCUUCUCUUUGCUGCGUCUGGAGAUCUUCGCAAUGUCAUCAAAACUACCGCCGGGCUGCCAGAGGGAUACAAAGGUCACUGCGUUGCUGUUAUAAACGAUAUGGAUUUCAUCGUCACGGCUCGCAAUGCCAUCAUGCUUCUCACUGCGCUCCAAUUCGAACCAGACGUUGCAGUACCGAUGAUUAUCCAUUUAUGGUACUCAGCGUUACUUCCUCGCGAUAUGGUGCAGGCUAUUCAGUCCACCAUCCUUCCCAUGAUCGAAGAUGUUUACCAGAAGAUCAAGAAAAAGCCGGGCAAUACAUUACAGGCAAAGACAUUUGACAUAGACGGCCGAAAUCUAAGCAUAGCACUGAAGAAAGACGAAUGGGCUCGCUUGGCGACGUUUUGCCGGGUUCCGGAAGGACUGUCAGCAGAAACUGCUCAGCAAAUUCGUCGCCGUGUCACGUUAGCUCCCGAGAGAGUCGACUAUCGUGAUAAAGCUAUGCUGAAAAUGCCUGCUGGUGUUCGCCAAGGAGAAAUGUACUUUCGCCAUACUGGCAUCUUGCUCCCUUAUGGUUGUUCCACCACAGACUUUGACACGCCCAACCCAAUUAACAUCAAUCAAGCACGCUGUUCUUUCAAAAAUGACUGGCUAAUGAACGAUGACGCUAGUCCCCGUGGUGGUUGGCUUUUCGGGGAGUAUAUGGAGGACGCUCCAGCUGCGAAAGCAGAUGAGUUCGGUGCCAUCUUCUUCCACAUCAGGGGUCUGCUUCGUAGAUUCUGCAGCCGGCUACGAAGUUCCAACAUCUCGUUCCGGCUGUUCAACAUGGGUGCUCAAGAUAUAGGACCCUAUCUCGGCGACAUGAAGUUUGACCGGAUCGAGAUCUCCAAUGUAUGCGAUCGAGGUUAUGUCGGCCCGCACACUUGCCUCCAGCUCUUCUCACAACUCCUCAAGCCGAUUUCACAGAACCCAAACGCCACACUACUUAUGCUCUUCAUAAAUGCUGCUGUGGAAGUUGAUCACGAAGUAAACCCGCAAGGAGAUUUACAGUCGCUCGCACCGGCGAUGGAACGCCUUAAAGAGUACAUCCCGUUCGACAAAUCUCUUGUAAGUAUGAAUAGAGCUGGAAUGCAUCUAGCUGCACAUCCUGACCUAGUCUUGCGUACUACCUGUUCCGAUAUGUUCAAACCAUGGGACAAGUACUUUAACAUGUUCAUGGAUGAGUGUAGGAUUACACAGUUCGCUACGCUUUGUGGGAUGACUAUCAAGAAAAAACACACCAUUGUCCAGCCUUGGCCGUACAGGGUUGAGAAUACAACGACAAAACAGGAAUUCAACAUUCUAUGUGCUAGUAGUACAGCUGGGUUUGAGCGAUACAUGGAGUUUCAGAAGCUUUGA